CCCAGUGGAAAAAAAAGGAGGGGGAAACGCUAUAUAGAUGUUUGUUUAUACGCUUGCAAGAAUUGUUGUAUCACGAGCCGGCUCAUUUUGGAAAUGAUUGACAGAAUGGAAUGAUGAUGAGGCUUACAUGAAGUGUAUAAAACUGGGCUGGUUCUAUUUUCUUUUUCUUCUUUCUUCUCUUUUUAACACAUAUUUACAAUGAUCCCUAAAUUCUUGAAGCGUUUUGCUGGCAAAACAAACACACACCCUGAAUAUGAUGAUGAUUGCCUGGUGGAUUAUGAACCUAUUCAUGAGAAAAGAGCAUUAUCAAAAGAAGCAUUGGCAAAGCAACUUGAGAAGUGCAAACAGAAAAUAAACACAAUCAAGAGGCCUUAUCCUAUGGUAGAGAAUGAUGAACACUAUCAAUUGGAAUACACAGAAAAGGGCAAGAUUAAAAGACCUGUGUAUUAUGAUCCAUCUAAAGACACAGUUUAUCAUAUCCCAGUGACAAUUGAAGCCAUUCGAUCCAUUAUCUUGAAGCAGCAUUGUCAUAUCACUAAGCCAGAAGAAAUUGCUUGGUUUGAAGAUGGUCUAAAGUGGCUAUCAAUGCAACAAUACCAGAACAACAGUUCAAAUCAAUACAGAUACUUCAUUGAAGAAGAAAAACAUUACAGUGGCUGGGACGAAAAGAAACAAAUGGAAAUUGAAGACUUUGAAAGAGCUUGUGAAGCAUAUUUUGGCAUUCCUCUGGGUCUAUGUCAAGACAGUUGGGCGGCAGAGUUCUUAUUGACACAAGCAUCAAGAGGGAAAAUCUUAAGACGUGUUGCCUUAAAAUCAUCACUAAAAAAAGUUUCCUUUUCCUUGAAAAAGCUGUGGUGCUGUAGCAUAUAAAGAAAUGAAUGGGCUGGAAUUAACCAAAGCCACGUUGUAUAGUUGAUUAUCAUCUAAAUAAAGCAUAUUUACUUUUUUUUUCUUCUUUUUGGAAUACGCCCGCCCUGUUUAAUUUAUUUUUUUGCAUGCAGACAUUGUAUAUUUAGUGAGG